UCCUUUGCUCUAUCUUCUUCAACAGUGCAUGCCACGCAUCAGAAUUUCAGAGCCUCUCUCUCAUACUUUUCUUCUUUCCGCAACACAAACACAAACGCUCCUCAGUUCCACGCUUUCUCACUUCGCUUGAAUCUUCGUUUGUUUGCAAACAACACAUUUUUUCACUCUUGAAUAUGGCGACGGCUGGUGGUGGCGGUGGUGGUGGCUGCGUGGCCGUAAUGGCAGGCAGUUGUACUGUCUCCACUCCGUCGUCGAGUUACGGAGGCGGCGCGUGUUCUUCCAAUUCCAAAGACACUCUCAUCGAAUCGCCGAUUUUGAUAUUCUGUUUAUUCCACAAAGCUAUUAGCUCGGAGCUCCAGUCCCUCCACGCAACCGCCUUCGAUUUCGUUUCCAACCGCCGCCAUUCACAACCACACUCUCCCCUCAAAAUCAUGUCCUUCUCCCAUCGCUGCCACUUCCUUCGCACUCUCUACAAGCACCACUGCAAUGCUGAGGACCAGGUCAUAUUUCCUGCCUUAGAUAAACGAGUGAAGAAUGUUGCACACACCUAUUUUUUGGAACAUGAGGGAGAGGGUCUUCUUUUUGAUCAAUUGUUUAAGUUGCCAAAUUCCAAUUUGCUAAAUGAAGAGAGCUAUGGAAGAGAAUUAGCUUCUUGCAUUGGAGCCCUUCGAACAUCAAUUUGCCAGCAUAUGUUUAAGGAAAAGGAACAGGUCUUCCCUUUGGUUAUUGAGAAAUUUUCAUCUGAAGAGCAGGGGUCAUUGGUAUGGCAAUUUCUUUGUAGCAUACCGGUCAAAAUGAUGGCAGAAUUUCUUCCCUGGCUUGCUUCAUAUAUAUCAUCUGAUGAGUAUCAAGGUCUGCUUAGUUGCUUGUGCACAAUAAUUCCCAAAGAGAAGCUUCUUCAUCAGGUCAUCUUUGGAUGGAUGGAAGGACUAAAGAUAAAACAUAGAAAGUGCACGCAUGAUACCAAGGUUCAAUGGAAGGAUGUUGGUAUGAGCAACUUACUCAGUCAUAAUGAAAAGGUGUAUUCUAUUUGUGGAUCUUCCAAAACUGUCAAAAGGAAAAGGGUGGGGCUAAAUGAAGAUCCUACUAAUUCAAAUAUAUCAUGCCCUUUAGAUGAAUUGUUACUUUGGCACAAGGCUAUAAAGCAAGAAUUGAGUGAUUUAGCUGAGACAGCUAGAAAGAUACAGCUAUCUGAAGAAUUUUCUAAUUUGUCAUCAUUUAGUGGGAGGCUGCAAUUUAUAACUGAAGUCUGCAUCUUCCAUAGCAUUGCUGAGGACAGAGUAAUAUUCCCUGCUAUAAAAGCAGAGCUGCAUUUUCUCCAAGACCACACAGAUGAAGAACUCCAAUUUGACAAGCUUAGGUGUCUGAUAGAUAGUAUCCAAAGUGCUGGAGCUGACUCAUCAUCUGCUGAAUUUUAUUUUAAGUUGAGCUCCCAUACCGAACAAAUCACAGAUACUAUAUUGAAGCACUUUGAAGACGAGGAAGCUCAGGUUCUUCCACUGGCACGAAAAUUAUUUAGUCCCCAAAGGCAACGAGAAUUACUUUAUGAAAGCUUGUGCUCAAUGCCCUUGAAAUUGAUUGAGUGCGUGUUACCAUGGCUGGUUGGAUCACUUAAUCAAACUGAAGUUAGAUCAUUUCUUCAGAAUAUGUAUAUGGCAGCCCCAGCUACGGAUCAUGCAUUGGUUACCCUUUUCUCUGGUUGGGCAUGCAAUGGAUAUUCUAGGAACAGUUGCUUCUAUUCAAGCACAACAGGUUUAUGUCCUGAUAGGAGAUUGAUGGAAAUACCAUUUUGCAUGUGUGAACCUUCAUUCGGUCUCAAUGAAAAAUCUUCAGCCAUUCAACAAGAAGAUGAAAAUGGCUGUAUUGGACCAGUCAAGCAUGGAAAGCCUGAAUCAAAGCAAGACAAUGAUGUUGCUAACCUGAUGGUAACUGGAAAAACCCUCAGCUCAUCUCUUAAUCAGUCUUGCUGUGUCCCUGAAUUAAGGGUGAAUGCAAGUAAUCUAGGGCUUGGUUCUUUGGCCUUAACAAAGUCUCUGCGAGAACUAUCUGAUUACCCAUCUGCACCUUCCCUCAAUUCCAGUCUUUUUAUGUGGGAAACCAAUUUAGUCUCGGCUGACAAUCAAUGCAUUACACGGCCUAUUGAUAACAUAUUUAAAUUUCACAAAGCCAUACGGAAAGACUUGGAGUAUUUAGAUGUUGAAUCUGUAAAACUCAAUGAUUGUGAUGAAAUUUUCAUUCAGCAAUUCACUGGUAGAUUUUGCUUGUUGUGGGGUUUGUAUAGAGCUCAUAGUAACGCUGAGGAUGAUAUAGUAUUUCCAGCAUUAGAAUCAAAAGAUAAUCUUCACAAUGUGAGCCAUUCUUACACUUUGGAUCACCAGCAGGAAGAGAAGUUGUUUUUAGAUAUCUCUUCUGGACUCACUCAGCUUACUCAAUUACAUGAAUUGCUAUAUAAAAAGAAUUGGUCUGAUCAUAUAACUAAUUGUUUCUCUAAUUAUGCUGGUUGCUAUGAUAUUGAUACUGUACAAAAUUACAACGAGCUCUCUACAAAGAUUCAGGGCAUGUGCAAAUCUAUCAGAGUGACACUAGAUCAACAUAUUCUCAGGGAGGAACUUGAGUUAUGGCCAUUGUUUGAUAGACACUUUUCUCUGGAAGAACAGGAUAAAAUUGUUGGUCAUAUAAUUGGUACUACAGGGGCAGAGGUUCUCCAGUCAAUGCUGCCAUGGGUAACUUCUGCUCUCGCACAAGACGAGCAAAACAAAAUGAUAGAUACAUUGAAACAGGCUACCAAAAACACUAUGUUCUGUGAGUGGCUUAAUGAAUGGUGGAAAGGACCUGCUUCAUCUUUAAAUAUCACUACACCAGGAGAUUACUCACUAGGUACUGAUGCAUAUGAAGAUUCAGAGCAUAGCUUUCUUGCAUUCCGACCUGGAUGGAAAGAUAUAUUCAGGAUGAACCAGAAUGAACUUGAAUCAGAAAUAAGAAAAGUUUCUCAAGAUUCAACUCUUGAUCCAAGAAGAAAAGCAUAUCUUAUUCAAAAUCUAAUGACCAGUCGCUGGAUAGCUUCUCAGCAGAAGUCGUCUCAAUCAUUGGGAGUUGAAUCUUCAAAAGGAGAUAUAUUGGAAACUUCACUUUCGUUUCAUGAUCCAGAGAAAAAAAUAUUUGGAUGUGAGCAUUACAAAAGAAAUUGUAAACUCCGUGCUGCUUGCUGUGGAAAACUAUUCACGUGUCAGUUCUGUCACGACAAAGUUAGUGACCAUUUGAUGGAUAGGAAGGCUACAACUGAGAUGAUGUGCAUGCAGUGCCAGAAAAUACAGCCUGCUGGACCAGUUUGUGCAACACCUUCCUGUGGCAGUCUCUUGAUGGCAAAGUACUACUGUAGUAUUUGCAAACUUUUUGAUGAUGAAAGGACUGUUUAUCAUUGCCCUUUCUGCAAUCUAUGCCGUCUGGGAAAGGGACUUGGUGUUGACUUCUUUCACUGCAUGCAGUGUAAUUGUUGCAUGUCAAAGAAAUUGGUUGAUCACAUAUGCCGGGAAAAGGGUUUAGAAACAAACUGCCCCAUCUGCUGUGAUUUUUUGUUCACAUCCAGUGAAUCUGUCAGAGCUCUCCCUUGUGGACAUUUCAUGCAUUCUGCUUGUUUUCAGGCAUACACAUGUAGCCACUACAUCUGUCCAAUUUGUAGCAAAUCUAUGGGAGAUAUGUCGGUUUACUUUGGCAUGCUUGAUGCUCUACUGGCUUCUGAGGAACUCCCAGAAGAAUAUCGGAAUCAAUGUCAGGAUAUACUUUGCAAUGACUGCCAUGAGAAGGGUACUGCACCAUUUCAUUGGCUAUACCACAAGUGUGGGUUUUGCGGAUCUUACAACACAAGGAACGAAAACAAUUAACCAACUGAUGAGUAACAACAAAGAGCUACAAGCAGCAAAGCCCAAUGUGAGUAACAGCAAGGAGUUGCAAACAGCAAGGCCCAAGAGGCAAAGCCACACUCCUAGUCAUUUGAAGGAUUACGUAUUAGUUGCAUAAUCAUUCACGUGCGCAUGCAAGUUAGUAGGAGCUGCACUUGUAUCUUCUAGAAGCUUAGGGAAUAAGGAAUAUUAUUGUUGAAUCUGUUAGCUUUCUGUUAGGUCGUUAGUAUCCUGUGGCUCACAUGUAGUAACAGUAAUCUCUAUAAAUGUAAGGGAAGCGCUUGUGAAGGAUAUUAAGAAAAGCAUUAUCACAA